GCAUAUUGCCAGCUGGGCGCGGUGUAUCUUUAUUAUAAUAAAAAUAAUCAUAAACAAAUUAUUACGUUCAGAUAACAAACUUAUUAUUACAAAAUUCUUCAUUAUUGGUGCCUGAACUACUGAGGAUUCUGACAACGUGUUACAUGUUUAAAACAGCGCUGGUUUCGAGUCCAGCUCCUGCCGUUCUUCCUCUAGUUAAAGAAAGGAGCGCGACGAGAAGCGGGAGUGUCCUAUAUGGCAGAACCUGAGUCAUCUGAGUCACCUGAGUCAUGAAGGUGAAUGUUGAAGGGAGAGACGUGCCGGCCGGGAUGUCCGCGACUUCUGGACCACCCAUCGCUAAUAUUACAGAUUCGCCUGUCGCAUCGCUGGACGUUUGCCGCCUUGAACAAGUUAUACCGACGCCCGAGCGGGCACUGCUCGCCAAGCUGGAAGAGGAAAAUCGGCGAAUCGAGGCGGACGCGAAAAGCGCCUCGCUAACGACCCUGCACAGCCGCAAGAAUUCUGAUACCUCGCAAAUAUCCCUCGCCUCUGCAACAAGCUCAACUCAUGAAGGAGACACGCGUAUUCUUGGCGCCAGUAAUGGGGAGGAGGAUUUGUGGACCGUCUGGGGCCGUAUCGUCAAUAACUGGGAGGCAGAGUGGAAACGCCGCAACCAAUUUGUUAGAGAUCUCGUCCGGCAGGGCGUACCCUAUCACUUCAGAGGGAUUGUUUGGCAACUACUUGCUGGAGUCGACACUUCACCAGAAAAAAGUCUAUAUGCCUCAUAUAUCAAGGCGAAAUCAGCUUGUGAGAAGGUGAUUCGGCGUGACAUUGCCCGGACGUAUCCAGAACAUGACUUCUUUAAAGAAAAAGAUGGAUUGGGCCAGGAGUCUCUGUUCAAUGUUAUGAAGGCUUACUCACUCCACGACAGAGAAGUUGGUUACUGUCAGGGUUCAGGGUUUAUAGUCGGUCUUCUUUUAAUGCAGAUGCCGGAAGAGGAAGCCUUCGCUGUUCUUGUUAAAAUAAUGCAACAACAUCGCAUGCGCGAUAUGUUUAAACCAAGUAUGGCAGAACUUGGUCUUUGUAUGUUCCAACUUGAAAAUUUAGUGCAAGAGUUACUGCCAGACCUACAUGUGCAUUUUCAAUCACAGAAUUUCAGCACGUCUAUAUACGCUAGCAGUUGGUUUUUAACCUUAUUCACUACCACACUUUCGUUGCCUCUUGCUUGCCGCAUCAUGGACGUGUUCUUGUCGGAAGGGAUAGAAAUUGUAUUCAAAGUAGCACUCGCCAUGCUCACACUGGGGAAAGACGACCUACUCUCACUAGAUAUGGAGAGUAUCCUCAAGUAUAUACAAAAGGAACUGCCCGCUAAAGCUGAAGCAGAGCAAGACGCGUUUAUGAAUUUAGCUUAUGGCAUAAAAGUUAAUCCAAAGAAAAUGAAAAAAUUAGAAAAGGAAUACACAGUUAUCAAAACUAAGGAACAGAGUGAUGUAGCUGUACUGAGGUGUCUUCGUCAAGAGAAUCGUCUUCUAAAGCAACGAGUGGAGCUACUCGAAAAGGAGAGUUCAUCAUUAGCGGAGAGGUUGGUUCGCGGGCAGGUGGAUCGCGCGGAAGGGGAAGAAGAAACGUUUGCAUUAGCCCGCGAGGUUCAAGCACUUAGAAGAGCUAAUAUGGAUGCUCAACAGCGGUUGGCAGUUGCGCAGGAUGAAAUACGUUCCUUAGAAAUGACUAUAGCAGAAAAUAACUCGAGGCAGUCGUCACUAGAAGGUACAGAGGGUGGCAGCGGUGUUAAGGGUGAGGAACUAGCUAGGUGUCUUCAAAGAGAGCUGGUUAGGGCUCGCCUUCAUGCAGCAGAGCGUGAGGCUGCUGAACGCGAGCUGACAGCCAGGAUUGCAGAGCUAGAGAGCGAAAAUAAGAGCUUACGGCGACAACGGGUCGACAAUAACGUAGCACAUUUGCAAGACGAACUCAUUGCUGUGAAACUACGUGAAGCUGAAGCGAAUCUCUCCUUGAAGGAACUACGUCAACGCGUCACAGAGCUGUCGGAAGCAUGGCAGAGACAUCUUCAAGAACACAGACAAGAAGUUACAACACCUCCCGUGCAAUCUAAUGUUGUUUCCGACAUCAUGGCCACACCUAAAAAGCUAUUGAGGGCUUGGGAAGGUCGCUCUGCAGAUAUGCAAAAACUGGAUGAAGAGCUAAUGACAACAAAAAUGAGAGAGGUGGAAGCACUAACAGAAUUGAAGGAAUUGAGACUUAAGGUAAUGGAACUAGAGACGCAGGUACAAGUGUCAACAAAUCAAUUGAGACGUCAAGACGAGGAGGCGCGGUUGUUGAGAGAGAAUCUUGAUGCUGCACUACAACGUGAAAGAGCACUGCAAACUCGACAGAAGGAAUUCCAGCACAAAUAUACAGAUCUUGAGAGCAAGGCAAAAUAUGAUUCCAUGCAGGCAAAUAUAAGAAAUAUGGAAGACGCGCAAAGAAUAGCUGAACUAGAGACAGAGGUUUCCGAAUAUAAAUUAAAGAACGAAGUAAUGGCAACUGAGGGCGAACUACGUAGCAACAUGGAUGACUCGGAUAGAGUGCGCGAACUGCAGGAACAGGUUGCCGAACUCAAAGCGGAUGUCAUGAGAUUAGAAGCAUGGAGAGCUCGUUCGCUGGGCCACAAAGAACUCACUCAUGCCAUCUCAGUUGAAGAAGACUUAGAGGAGGAUGACAAAUUAAAAUUAACACUACGUCGGGAGUCCUCCGCAUCGCUGGACUUCACACUAACAACACGAAAAGCGACGUAGCUAAUUCCCGUGAAUUUUCUAGGGGAAUAGAUUAUUAUUUGUACUUUGUCUUACUGAACCAUUUUUUAUAUCAUCAUAAAAUGUAAUUAGAAAUUGAAGUCAAUUUUGGAAGUACAUCGUUUAUUAUGAUACAGGUAAAGUUUCAAUUUCUAUUUUUUGUAAAUGAAAUAGUUUGUAUAUUUGAGCUACAAUCUGCAUUAAUACAUACUCGUAGGUAUUAAUGCUAAUUUACAAUGUACAUGUUACGCUAUGCCAUAAUUUUUUAAACGUUGACUAGAGUUUUAAGUAAUAAAUUAUCUUCCCUGCAUAUAAAGCGACGAAAGUGUUGCACUUUUAUAUGUCAACGCCGUUCCUUUUCUUUGUAUCAUUCGAGAAUCCAAAAUUGGUUGCUAUAGAUUCAGCAGUAUAACAAUAAAAACACAAUAUUAUUGUAAUUAAUCGACUGUAAUUUUAUUUUCUUGUCACAUUUGGCAUAGUGUAACUUAAAGUAUCUGCUAACGCUGAUGCAUACUUAACAAAAAAAUCAAGUUAGAUGACGCUAGACUUAAAAACGUUUACCUUUGAAACUAAGAUAGUGCUAGAACAGCUAGUAAAGUAGUAGUAGUAAUUUAAAAAAAUCGAUUUGGAUUGAUUUACAAAUUUAUUAAUAUAGUUACACAAUGAUAUUACUAUUUUGUUUGUAAUGUAAGUAAAGUAAUUCUGAAGUGUAAAAUUAGUUAACUAAAUUACAAAUAUGGAUUUGUACCAUAUUAUUGU